UGCAAAGCUUAUUCUUGAUGUUCAUUUCCCACGGUAACUUACUUGUACGUCCCCCUCCCGAGCUUUGAUUUGGGCAACGUCCGCUUUUCGUCAAAUGCAAAAGUCACCGCAGAUUGAUCGUCCUCACUCUUCGCCGCCGUCCAAGAAGCAUACAUACCUAGGUAAAGGCCUGCUGGCGUCUCCUGAGUCGGGGUCUCUUUUCCAUCACAAGCACACAAAAUGCCUCCAAGAGCCUCAGCAAAGGCUAGCGUUCCUUACAUCUAUACGCUCAUCCUCCUGACAAUCGAGCCUCUCUUUGCGGUGCUAGGAUCUGUGCUUGUGUUGGUUGACCCGAGCACUUAUCUUGGUAGCAUCACGCGGCACUCGGUUUCCUUCUCGCCUGAUACGACAUGCCUCUACACGUCUCUGGGUGGCGCAUGGCUAUAUUUUGCUUUUGUCGAGGCUGUGGUCUUGCGGCUGUUUGAUGAUCUUUCGCUUUGGAGGGUCUUGUGCCUGGGCAUGUUGCUAAGCGACCUCGCCUUCUACCACAGCACGGCUCAGGCAGUGGGGGGCUGGGUGGCUUACGUGAAAAUCGGAGACUGGACUGCCGAGGACUGGGCCGUAUUCGCGGGUACUUUGCCAAUGUUAUUGACGAGGAUUUCGAUUCUUCUGGGUGUCGGCAUCAAGCGAGUGCCUGCAGCGGUGACAAAGAGCGAGUGACUGCUCACAGGUUCUUUCCUCCACUUCACCGGGCCCGCGGCCUCUUGGAUGGCCUUCCCGUGAGCGAUUCGGACUCAGAGCGCCAGAUUUAUCACGGCCAUGUAUCCUCGCAUGGCUCCUCUGGACCAUUGGACACUGUGCUAUAAAUAAUUGGUGUGGUCUACAUAAAAGCAUGAGGGGCAGCCGGAGCAUCCUGGCUAGGACCCGGGAUAACACCAACGUCGAAGAAAGCAAUAGGACAAUAUGGGCGGGUGAAGGGGAUAUUGCCGGGAUCAAAUAAUAUCCUUAUCAUGAGGAAUUUGUUUUCCCCCGUCAUGGAGCACUGGAAGCUGCAAGGAGAUGAAUCAACUGGUUGAUCGCUGCACUGGAGAUCCUGGCUCCACUUCACGAGUAUUUAACAUGUUUUCAGUGGGCAGCGGCAAUUCCAACACGAGAUAAUCUUUGUUUCA